AUGGAAAGGACAAUUUGUUUUGCUGCGGCUGGAAUGGUCCGUCCCGCUUCAACAACCUCUUCCUUCACAGUCUCAUGCCCAUGUGGGACGCAGUGGAGACUAGCCAUAGCGCAAACACCAGCGCGACGCGGAACUUUGCGCCGUGCGAGAGGAAUCAGAAUGGCUUCCGAUGAUGGCCCGCCGCGACGAGAACAGAUUGACCGAAAUGAUGGCAGAGCCACGUCUAGCAUGUUCGGGAUGAAGCUCAAGACAAAUGGAGAUGUCAUCAAGUUUGGCUUUGCGGCAGUUGCGAUUGCGUACGCAAUAAAGAGCAUUAUACAGCUUCUCGGCGCGCCGGACUUGCUGGCCGGGCAGCUCACGACUGGUUUCUUUUCAGUUUUUGCGCUCCUCGCCUGGGUUUCCACCUACCUGUUCCGCGUAGGGACGAAGGGCAUGACGUACGCUCAACAGCUUCGCGAGUAUGAGGACGAGGUUAUCAAGAAGAGAUACGAGGAGCUUACGGAAGAAGAACUAGCCGCUUUGGGCGAAGAGCUUGAGGACGACGUUUAG